AUAUUUAAUUUUCUUCAGUCAGAGAUUUCGAAACCCUAGUCGAUUUCGAGAUCCAACUAACUCUGCUCCUUAUCUCAGCUUGUUGAAUUUGCGAAGUAUGGGAGACGCUAGAGACAACGAAGCCUACGAGGAGGAGCUCUUGGACUAUGAAGAAGAAGACGAGAAGGUCCCAGAUUCUGGAAACAAAGUUAACGGCGAAGCUGUGAAAAAAGGGUACGUGGGAAUACACAGUUCUGGAUUCAGAGACUUCCUUUUGAAACCGGAGCUUCUCAGAGCUAUUGUUGACUCAGGAUUUGAACAUCCAUCUGAAGUGCAACACGAAUGUAUCCCUCAAGCUAUCUUGGGUAUGGAUGUUAUCUGCCAAGCAAAGUCUGGUAUGGGGAAGACUGCUGUGUUUGUCCUGUCUACUCUACAACAGAUUGAACCAUCUCCUGGCCAGGUUUCUGCACUUGUCUUGUGCCAUACAAGAGAGCUAGCUUACCAGAUCUGCAAUGAGUUUGUGCGAUUCAGUACCUAUCUGCCUGAUACAAAAGUUUCGGUGUUCUAUGGUGGAGUCAACAUUAAAAUUCACAAAGACUUGCUGAAGAAUGAAUGUCCUCACAUUGUUGUUGGUACCCCUGGUCGAGUGCUUGCACUUGCCAGGGAGAAAGAUCUCUCUUUGAAGAAUGUGAGGCAUUUUAUUCUUGAUGAGUGUGAUAAAAUGCUCGAGUCACUUGACAUGCGAAGGGAUGUGCAGGAGAUUUUCAAGAUGACUCCUCAUGACAAACAAGUAAUGAUGUUCUCAGCAACGCUCAGCAAAGAGAUACGCCCAGUCUGCAAGAAGUUUAUGCAAGAUUUUCUAGAGAACGAGACUGUGAGUGUGAGACUCUUUAGCUUUGGGGUUGAGAACUCUGAGUGGAGACUCUGUAGCUUUGGUUUCAUCGUGCUCGUAUGGGUCUCAAUGUUCCGAGCAAUAUUGAUGUUUCAUAGCAAAACUCACAUCUUUGAAGAGAAAAGGUGGACGAGGAUCUCACCAAUGGAAAUAUAUGUUGAUGAUGAAGCCAAGUUGACUCUUCAUGGACUUGUCCAGCACUACAUCAAACUGAGCGAGAUGGAGAAAAAUCGCAAGUUGAAUGACCUUCUUGAUGCGUUGGACUUCAAUCAAGUUGUCAUUUUUGUGAAGAGCGUGAGCAGGGCUGCGGAGCUGAACAAGUUACUGGUGGAAUGCAAUUUCCCCUCAAUAUGCAUACACUCUGGCAUGUCUCAAGAAGAGAGGUUGACUCGAUACAAAAGUUUCAAGGAAGGGCACAAGAGGAUCCUUGUGGCGACUGACUUGGUAGGAAGAGGGAUUGACAUAGAGCGUGUCAACAUUGUUAUCAACUAUGACAUGCCAGAUUCUGCGGAUACCUAUCUUCAUAGGGUUGGGAGAGCUGGUAGAUUUGGAACCAAGGGUCUUGCAAUCACAUUUGUUGCAUCUGCUUCAGAUUCAGAGGUCCUUAAUCAGGUUCAAGAGAGGUUUGAGGUCGAUAUAAAGGAGCUUCCUGAGCAGAUUGAUACAUCGACUUACAUGCCGUCUUAAACAAGUAGCAUCAUCUCUGAGGAACGAACCUCUUCAGAUUUCAACCUUUUAGGUGUUCAAAGGGGUCAUGGAGGUCCACAACUAUCUCUCACACCGUUUGUUGCUUCGCUAUUUUAGACUUUUCUAUGAGGACAAGUUUUUCCAUAUAUUUAGACCGUUUUGUAACUCUUGAAAAAUGAGAUUGAGCUACUCUCCAAAUCGCGCACAGUUGAGAGCUCUCCUGUUUUUUGUACUAGUGAUGGUUAUCUUUAAAAUAUUAAGAUUUCAGGAUUUAUUCUUUGGCUUGAUCAUUGAUUAAAUGUUCCUAGUGAAUUGAUCUAGUUUGAUGC